AUUUUGACAUUUCCUAUUUAUUCACUCACUGACACGGUUGCACCAUGGCUUGUACAGACUUUGAAUUCAUGAUUGAAGAAGAAAUACAGGCAUACUUAUAUAACAAUAGGAUUAAAUAUGAUUCCGCUAUUCAAAAACCCAGACACCCCAUAUGCGCUUGUCUUUUAUUUCUUAUUAAAGUUAUAUUGGUAUGUCUGAUCAUCGGUGGAUUGGGAGUAGCAGUAGUUUACUACACUCCAAUUUGGGAAAUGGUUGAGAAUUGGAUGUAUCCUCCUCAAGAAGAAGAAGCCUGGUUCGAUUUUAUUACAAAUCAAAUUGAAAAUAUCUUAGAUUAUCUUGGAUUUUAUUAAGAAGUUAUAUACUCAUUUUUAUAAUAUAUUACAUUAAAUUAUACUAUAUAAUUCUA